UCAACUCUGGGCUUGAACACACUGGUUGACUCUCCCUCGCCGUGCCAUCUCUCUCUCACUCUCACGCCCGCACACGCCUCUCCCACGCACUCACACGCCUUCCCUCCACGCCUUGGCCCCUCCCACGCCUCGCCGGACCCUCCACGCGACUCCAGCGGCGUAAACACUCAGAGAAACAUGAAGAGUGUGAGGUAAACUUGAUGCGUGAAAAGUGACACUCAAUCUUUCAUUUCUCAUUGCUUUUGUGACACCCGAACGAGACCUGUGCGUGCGUGUGUGCGUGUGGCGUGCGUUUGCGUGUGUUGCGCGGGGUGUUGCGUGUGUUGCGUGUGCGUGUGGAGUGCCUCAGUAUCCUUAGACGUGGAGGGAAACACGCAAACUUGAACUGAAAGGGGAAACAGGUUUUUUGUGUGAGGAAACGUGAGAAGAGGUGGAAAAAAAAAAGGUUGAUUUUUGAGGGAGUGUGAUUGGUAGACUUUGAUUUCCGUUCACGUCUUCCUCCUCGUCUUGUCAGUCUGCAGCUCGGCGACACGAUGAACGCAGACCACAACUCACUCCCCAUUGGCCCAACACUGUGACGUCACACCUCUGUCCAGCCAAUCACCGUCCACGCCAUGGCCCGCGGCGGGGAGGGAAGGUGGUGACCCGCUCCUGACCUCGUGUUCGGAGCCCCCGCUAAGGUCAAAGGUCAAAGUCGCCCGCCCACACCCCCGCCCACUCUCUCGCGCGCCGCCCACCCGCCAUGGCCGCUGAGAAGGGAUGCCGGCCCAUGACCAUCACACAGAUUCGUGAUUCAGAUAGAGUCAACAAAGUAUUCGGAGCGGAUGAGAAUGACGGAGGAAUUGGUGUCUGCGGGUGGAUCCUGACGGGGCUGUCAUGGAUCCUUGUGCUGGCGACUAUGCCCUUCUCCUUCUGCGUCUGUUUCAAGGUCGUUCAGGAGUACGAGAGGGCAGUCAUCUUCCGCCUGGGUCGACUGCUGCAGGGAGGCUCCAAAGGGCCAGGAAUCUUCUUCAUCUUGCCAUGCAUUGAAUCCUACUCUAAGGUAGACUUGCGGACCAGUGUGUUUGACGUGCCGCCCCAAGAGGUUCUCACCAAAGACUCAGUGACGGUGAGUGUGGACGCCGUGGUGUAUUACCGAGUGAGUAACGCCACUGUGAGUGUUGCCAAUGUGGAAAACGCCCACCACUCCACGAGGCUCCUGGCGCAGACCACGCUGAGGAACAUGCUGGGAACGAAGAACCUACACGAGAUCCUGGGUGAUAGGGAGUCCAUCUCGUGUGACAUGCAGGGCGUGUUAGACGAUGCCACAGAGAACUGGGGCAUUAAGGUGGAGAGAGUGGAAAUCAAGGACGUGCGACUGCCUGUUCAGCUGCAGCGCGCGAUGGCAGCAGAGGCGGAGGCAGCGAGAGAGGCCAGGGCUAAGGUGAUCGCUGCCGAGGGAGAACAAAAGUCCUCCAGAGCACUCAAGGAGGCAGCAGACGUCAUCGCCCUCUCGCCCGCCGCCCUCCAGCUUCGCUACCUCCAGACGCUUAACACCAUCUCCGCCGAGAAGAACUCCACCAUCAUCUUCCCGUUGCCCAUCGACUUCCUGCAGCACUUCAUGGGCGGGAAGGAGUGACGUCUGCGCCUCCUCUCCCCGCCUCCUCCCGCCCGCACCCUGAAAUGCCUCUUUCUCAAUAGUUUUUAUACAUCACUAUAAAUGUUAUAUACAGAAGAUAUAAAGUCUAUAUAUAUAUAUUAUAUUAACAAUAAGCUCAUAGACAGUUGCCUAAAAAAACAAUCUUAGGAUAAUGGUAGCAAUUUUUUGUGUCCCUAAAGAGGAAAUGAGACAGAGGGAGGGGAAAAAAAAAGAGGGGAAACCAGUGAAGUGAAUGAAAUUCGUGGACUGCAAGUGUUUUAGGGACUUGCAUUCUUUCCCUGUUUUAUUGGGAAACAUUUUAGAAUACUACGGUAAACAUGUGGCGCAAUUGCGAAGCUUUGAUGCGAUUUUUAUUUGAGUUACUGCUUUAAUUUCUGAGUCGUUUUCUAUUCUCAGUUGCUUAUGAACGCGGUGACUAGACGCAUUCUCUUCCGUGGCGCGAGUCUUAAAUUUUCUUUUUAUCGGUCUGUUAGGUUAGCCAUAAUUUCAAGGCGUUACUUGUUC